AGAAAGAAAGAAAUGCAUCUGGAAGUCAGAUUUAGAUUUAUAAAUUGGUUGUUUGACAUUCGGGGUGAAAUUCGGGUGAGAAAUCCUAAACAGAGUGAAUUAUGUCUGACUUUCGUUGUCCGAAAUGUUUACGCAGAAAUUAUUGGCGCACUAAUGUCUCCUGGUGCGAGAAGACGUGCUUAACUGCGUCAGAUUUGUCCCCGAAGUGCCAAUAGUCCGAGGGGAAAUCCCCACUUUCUCCUCCGAGAGCGACUCCUCUCUUCUGUCUCCUCUCGGCUCUCCACGGGAUUUCAACGUCACUCACGGCUGCGCGGACGGCUUCACGCUCCAUGUGUCGCCAGUCCCCUGCCACGGCGCGCAUUAAUAUUCCUGUAAGUCUCAGUCAUGAAUAACAAUUACACCGAGCACCGGGGGUAGAGGCGGGAGCGCGGCGCUCACAGUCACUCAGAGCGGCGGCAGCUCCGGGCGCAGGACGGUUCUGCGUGGCCUGCCUGCAGACACUCAGGCUUCGGUUUUCACCUGGAAUGAGUUUGUUUGUCUUCCUCCGACCGAACACGUCCUGGUUUGUGUUAUUCCACUGAGCGCGCGUCGGCUGCCAGCACACGUUACAGAUGUUAGUUCAUCCCUACUCCACUGGGGACCGGCAUGACGGUGUCUCAAGCCACAGUUCGCGCCUGUCCCAGCUGGGCUCGGUGUCGCACGCCGGACCUUACUCCAGCGCGCCGCCGCUGUCUCAUGCGCCUUCCUCGGACUUCCAGCCGCCAUACUUCCCUCCGCCAUACCAGCCGCUCGCUCACUACCAGAGCCAGGACCCGUACUCCCACGUCAGCGACCCGUACUCCCUGAACUCGCUCCAUCAGAGCCAGCAGGGCGCAUGGGGCGCGCGUCAGCGGCAGGACGCCGCCGGGGACCGGAUGGAGAGCUCGGCUUUGCUGGCGCAGCCUCGGGCCUCCCUGCCGCAGCUUUCCGGGCUGGACCCACGGCGGGAUUACGGCGGCGUGCGGCGGCCUGACGUGCUGCUGCACUCCGCACAUCCGGGACUGGAGCCCGGCAUGGGAGACGGACUGCUGCACGGUCUGCACGGCAUGGAGGACGUUCAGACCAUCGAAGACGCCAACGGAACCAAUAUCCUGGAUCAAUCGGUAAUUAAGAAAGUCCCCAUGCCCCCCAAGAACGUGGGCUCCCUGAUGCUCGGCAAGGACGGCCUGAUCGGCGGAGUCACCGUCAACAUUAAUGAGGUGUUCUGCUCGGUACCGGGCCGCCUGUCGCUGCUCAGCUCCACCUCCAAGUACAAAGUGACCGUAGGGGAGGUGCAGAGGAGGCUGUCUCCACCUGAGUGCCUCAACGCCUCUCUGCUAGGAGGCGUGCUGAGAAGAGCAAAGUCUAAAAACGGUGGCAAAUGCCUAAGAGAAAAGCUGGAGAAGAUCGGAUUGAAUCUUCCAGCCGGGAGACGUAAAGCGGCCAACGUCACGUUACUAACAUCUCUUGUAGAAGGUGAGGCGGUGCACCUGGCCCGGGACUUCGGCUACAUCUGCGAGACGGAGUUUCCCACGAAAGCUGUGAGCGAGUACCUGAACCGGCAACAUGCGGACCCCAACGAGCUGCACACGCGGAAAAACAUGCUGCUGGCCACAAAACAACUGUGUAAGGAGUUCACGGACCUGCUGGCCCAGGACAGGACUCCGCUGGGGAACUCCAGGCCGUCCCCCAUCCUGGAACCCGGCAUCCAGAGCUGCCUAUCCCACUUCUCCUUCAUCACACACGGCUUCGGCUCGCCCGCCAUCUGCGCCGCGCUCACCGCCCUGCAGAACUACCUCACCGAGGCUCUCAAAGGACUCGACAAGAUGUUCCUCAACAACCCGCCCAACAGCCGGCAUGGGGACGCGGGCGGCAAGGCCGGCGACAAAGAGGAAAAACAGCGGAAAUGAAGCCGGCGCAGAAAGGGGGAGUGAUGGAGGAGAGGCGGGAGGGAGGCCGACACGCUGACUGAGGCGUUACACCGUUUCUCGUAGCUUCUACAGCGCCGCCACCGCCACCCUGCCACGCACACGGCGGAGGUGGAGGACAGGGGAGGCUUGGCGUGGAGGAAGACACCCGUGGGCCAGUGUCUGAACGCACGGAGGGAUUUUUCAUCUGUGUUACGUUCUUCUCAUUCCCCCUGAGGACAUGGUGGUUCCUGUGUUCCAUCCAUUCUGCUCCCCCCGCCUGCAUCCUGUGAGACUGAGAUGCUGCGAGCAAACGACAUCGUGUCCGUGUGCCUGAGUGUGUGUGAGAGAGAGACUGUGAGAGAGUGUGUGUGCGCUUGUGUUUGUCUUCACACCGAAACAGAAGAAAAAAGAAAAAAAAAGCGUUGUGGGUUUGGAGAUCCAUUUUUUUGUUAUUUUUUUGUGCUGCAGCAUCUAUCUGUGAAACAGGCUGGGUAUUUAACGAGACUCCAACGAGGGACGGCGUUAAUUUAUGUGUGUAAAUAUUAAUUUAUAAUUAUUUAAGUUGAUCAAAUAGGUGCGCCAGCUGCUUUGGAGUCGACCUAUUUAUGUGUGAUUUGACCUUUGUGAGCCAGUGGGCCGGACUCGUUCAGUGUUUUUCUGUUCUUAUAGAGCUGUUGUCAUGGUGAUGAUGAUGAUGAUGAUGAUGGGUAGACAUGCUUCUAAUUGUCCAGUGAUUUCAUUUCUAUCAUAUUGAUAAUAAACCAUGUGUUUUAUAAUGUGA